AUGUCGUUCAGUUCUCCAAUUCCAACUUCAAUCAAAUCGAUGAGCUGUUUGAUUUAUUCCAUGACUGCUCUUUCGAAAUUCUCGUCUUCCCGUGCAAUCAAUCCAAUAAUGAGGAGUCGUCCUGGGAGAGUGAUCUUCCCUAUUUUUUCAAAUACCAGCCAAAAAUCUACCAAAAAAUCGAUGUGAACGGAGUAAACACUGAUCCUUUGUACAAGUUGUUGAAGAAAGUGAAUGUCGUGACACUGGGCGACUCUAUCGGGAUAUUAGGCGAUUCGAUCUGUUAUAACUUUACAAAGUUUUUUGUUGGUAAAGACGGACACGUUAUCAAACGAUUCUGCCGCACCACCUUGCCGAAGGACAAAUUGACUUACGAUAAGGGAAAACUAUAUCAAGUUGAACUUUAUUUAUUUCAGAGAUAA